CCAAUUGUGCGGGGGUGGUCUGUGGGACGUACUAACUGCCCUGGGCGGGGUCUUCGGGACGUACCAACUGAGCGAGGCCUGGCUUGGGCGCGCGUUGGUGCAAGCCCUAUGCGCUUGGCACGCGCGGGUUGCUAGGGCCCGGCUUCCCGGACCAGGCCGACAGCCUGGGCUGUCCCGAGCUGCAGAUUGGAACCCUGCAACACCCCAGGAGUGCAGAUCUGAAGGGAAGAGGCGCUGGGAAGGGUACCUGGAGUUUUCAGCUUUGUAGGCGUGACUUAUGCAUGCGACUUCGCUCUCUGAAGCCUCACAUUUGUGAUCCGUAAAAUGAAUUUAAUCAGAACAACUUCUCCAGGCUAUGGAAAGGAUUAGGUGACGCCAUGCUGGCAAAGCUCCUUGCACGAGGGAGCCCUGGAGGCACAGCCUGGCAUGCAGAGCCCACCCACUGUCACACCAGACCAGGAGCAGCGUGAAGACCCCUGUAGAGCUGGCAACCAGUGGAAUGCAGACGCUCCACCCCAGCAGCUACAGGGUCAAGGCUAGGGCCUCCUAUGUGGAUGAGACCCUGUUUGGCAGCCCUGCAGGCACCCGGCCCUCACCGCCAGGCUUUGACCCGCCCUGGGCACAGAAUUGCAACCGAACCAGAGGACUGGGCACGGGACCAUCAAGGGCCUCUGUUGCCAAGGGAAACUGUGAGGUCACCCCUUCCAGGGGCAAUACCCCAACCCUCACACCAAGGAAGAAGAACAAAUACAGGUUGAUCAGCCAUACCCCAUCUUACUGUGAUGAGUCGCUGUUUGGCUUCUGGUCGCAGGGCACCAGAGGGGAAGUGUCUCGGACAGCCAUGGGGGAUGCUGCCAAGCUCCGUGCCCUCUUCUGGACGCCACCGGCCACCCCUAGGGGUGGCCCCUCACCUCGGCCCAGGGAGACCCCACUGCGAGCUGUUCACCCAGCUGGACCCUCCAGGACAGAGCUCAGGGUGGCCACAAGCUCCAGGAAGCUGGCUCAGGAUGGGUUAGAUGCGCUCCGCCCUCUGGGGCAGGGCCGUUCCCAUUCCCUUACCCACCUGAGUGUCCCCAGCACCAGUCACCCAGCCACCAGUCGCCGCCCCACAAAUAAACCUCGGGAUCCCAGGCCUUCCACAGCAGGGGUGACUGUCCAGAGUCCCCUGGUCACUCCUAGGGCAUGGUCAGGCAGUGUUUCAGGGCCAGCUGUCCCCCGACGAGGGACAGGCCUCGCCAAACCAAAGCCCCCUUGGAAAUGAGGCACUCACCAGGUAAUCCUAUGGCCCAGCAGCUGUGGCACAACCCCAGUGGAGUCCUCUGGGAGACCAGCAUCUCUGGGGCCCCUAGGCUCUGGAGAGGCCCCCAUGGGGGCCCUGGCAAGAACAGGCUGUGUCUCCCUGUGACCGCACAAACUCAGGAUUCCCUGAACUGUCCCUCUCUGCCACACUCUGCCGUCUGUGCCAAUUGUGUGUUCUGAAACUUUGAACUGAUUCCUGCUCAGGAUUCAGUUUCCACCAAGGGGAGGCCUCAGGGGACUCCUGGGCUGUGUGCGGCCCCUUUGGCGGAGGGGUCCGGUAAGCAUUAUUUUAAUAUUCUUGUAUUUAUUCCAUGUAUUAAAUGCACCCAUAGCUCAUCAAA